CUCCUGCGGCGCCUCGGCUCCUCGGGCCCGGCGCCCUGGCCCGCGGGGGAGCGCCGUCCCGAGGGCGGGGGACUCGUGGGGUCAAAGGGCCGGUGCGGCCUUUGUGGCGGAGGCGCUGGCGAAGCUGGAUGGUGUUCUUGGUCAUUGCUAGAAUAGCAGCGUGUCAAAUUUGGUAAGAUCACUGUCGAACACAAAUCCCCAGAAUGGAGGACGCACAUACCUAUUCGUACGAGGAUGUCCUCACGCAGUUCGCCGUGGAGCCAGAUGUUGGCCUUGCAGAGGGCCAGGUCAAGAACAGCCAAGCGAAAUAUGGGCCAAACGAGCUGCCAGCAGAAGAGGGGAAAUCCCUCUUUCAGCUUGUGAUAGAACAGUUUGAUGAUUUAUUAGUUAAAAUCCUAUUACUGGCAGCCAUUAUCUCUUUUGUUUUAGCGUGGUUUGAAGAAGGCGAGAAAACCAUAACCGCGUUUGUUGAGCCUUUUGUUAUUCUUCUUAUUUUGAUUGCAAAUGCAAUUGUUGGGGUUUGGCAGGAGCGUAAUGCAGAAUCGGCUAUUGAGGCCCUGAAGGAAUACGAACCCGAGAUGGGCAAGGUGAUCCGAGCAAACAAGCCUGGAGUGCAGAAGAUUCGCGCCAGGGAGAUUGUUCCAGGCGAUAUCAUUGAAGUCUCAGUGGGGGAUAAGAUUCCUGCCGAUAUACGUUUGAUUAAGAUCUAUUCGACGACCCUUCGUAUCGACCAGUCCAUCCUUACCGGUGAAUCGGUCUCAGUCCUCAAGCACACGGAUAUUAUUCCUGAUCCCAAGGCUGUCAAUCAGGACAAGAAAAACAUUCUCUUCUCUGGCACUAAUGUUGCUGCUGGAAGAGCGCUUGGCAUCGUCAUUGGCACUGGCUUGGGAACUGCCAUUGGAAAGAUUCGCACUCAGAUGGCCGAGACUGAAGAGAUUAGGACGCCUCUUCAGCAGAAACUGGAUGAGUUCGGUGAACAACUUUCCAAGGUCAUUUCUGUCAUUUGUGUUGCUGUUUGGGCCAUCAACAUUGGGCACUUCAGUGAUCCAGUUCAUGGUGGUUCUUGGUUCAAGGGAGCCAUUUACUACUUCAAGAUUGCUGUCGCCCUGGCCGUAGCUGCUAUCCCUGAGGGUCUCCCUGCUGUCAUCACCACCUGCCUUGCCCUUGGCACGCGCCGCAUGGCCAAGAAGAAUGCUAUUGUGAGGUCUUUGCCUUCUGUUGAGACUCUUGGUUGUACCUCUGUUAUCUGCUCAGACAAGACUGGCACACUCACCACCAACCAGAUGUCCGUCUCUCGCAUGUUCAUUAUGGAUAAGGUUGAGGGCAAUGACUGCUCUCUUCUGGAAUUUGAGAUCACUGGCUCCACCUACGAGCCCAUUGGAGAAAUUCGUCUCAAUGGUGCUAAAGUGGCAGGAUCAGAUUUUAUUGGAUUGCAAGAACUCUCGACCAUCUCAGUCAUGUGCAAUGAUUCCUCAGUGGACUUCAAUGAGUUCAAGAAUCAGUUUGAAAAGGUUGGAGAAGCAACAGAGACUGCACUCAUUGUCCUGGCUGAGAAAAUCAACCCAUUUAAUCAGUCCAAGUUUGGUAUUGAUCGACGCUCUGCUGCUCUUGUAACAAAGCGCGACAUGGAGGCCCGUUGGAAGAAGGAUUUCACUCUCGAGUUCUCGCGCGAUCGCAAGUCCAUGUCAACGUAUUGCACUCCUCUCCAGUCUUCUAAUCUGGGCACAGGAUCCAAGAUGUUCUGCAAGGGAGCUCCUGAGGGUGUCCUGGACCGUUGUGCUUUUGUCCGUGUUGGAACACAGAAGGUUCCUCUUACUGCAGCUGCCAAGGAUAAGAUCAUGUCUGUCAUUCGGCAGUAUGGCAGUGGUCGGGACACACUCCGUUGCUUAGGUCUUGCCACCAUAGAUAAUCCCCCUAAGCCAGAGCAGAUGAACUUGGCUGACUCAACUAAGUUCCAUUCAUAUGAAGUCAACAUGACCUUUGUUGGUGUGGUUGGAAUGCUGGAUCCUCCCCGGAAAGAAGUCUGUGAUUCUGUCAAGAGAUGCCGAGCGGCUGGCAUUCGCGUUAUCGUCAUCACUGGGGACAAUAAGGCCACUGCUGAGGCCAUUUGCCGUCGCAUUGGAGUGUUUGAGGAGGAUGAGGAUCUGACCGGUCUCUCUUACUCUGGUCGUGAAUUUGAUGAACUUAGUCCCAAGGAGCAGAGGGAAGCUUGCAACCGUGCCCGACUGUUCUCUCGUGUUGAACCUUUCCACAAGUCAAAGAUUGUUGAAUACUUGCAGGCUGAAGGUGAGAUCUCUGCCAUGACUGGUGAUGGUGUGAAUGAUGCCCCUGCUCUGAAGAAGGCUGAGAUUGGUAUUGCCAUGGGUUCAGGCACUGCUGUGGCCAAGUCUGCUUCUGAGAUGGUGCUUGCUGAUGACAACUUCUCCUCCAUUGUGGCUGCUGUUGAGGAAGGCCGUGCCAUCUACAACAACAUGAAGCAGUUCAUCCGUUACCUCAUUUCUUCCAACAUUGGUGAAGUGGUGUCCAUCUUCUUGACUGCUGCUCUUGGUCUCCCUGAAGCUCUCAUUCCUGUCCAGCUCUUGUGGGUCAACCUGGUAACUGAUGGUCCACCUGCCACUGCUCUGGGCUUCAACCCCCCUGACCUCGACAUCAUGGACAAGCCCCCUCGCAAGGCUGACGAGUCUCUCAUCUCUGGCUGGCUCUUCUUCCGCUACAUGGCCAUUGGAUGUUAUGUUGGUGCCGCCACAGUUUUUGCCGCCUCUUGGUGGUACAUGUACGACCCCACUGGCCCUCAGCUCAACUACUACCAGCUGUCUCACCAUCUCUCCUGUACAACAGAUGUGGAGAACUUUAAAGACAUAGACUGCACUGUCUUCAGCCACCCAGCACCCAUGACCAUGGCCUUAUCUGUGUUGGUUACUAUCGAGAUGCUCAAUGCUCUAAACAGUGUGUCAGAGAACCAGUCUCUCUUGGUGAUGCCCCCCUGGGUCAACAUCUGGCUCCUGCUGGCCAUGGCUCUCUCCAUGAUCCUGCACUUCUUCAUUCUCUACAUCAACUUCCUUUCGACUGUGUUUAAUGUUAUGCCACUCUCUGUAGCGCAAUGGAUUGCAGUGAUGGAUAUAUCCUUCCCUGUAAUUAUAUUGGAUGAAACCUUCAAGUUCUUUGCUCGCAAGUUAGCCGACGGCGAAAAUCCCCUAUACUCCUGCCACUGGAUUGUUUUGGCAUGGGGACUGUACUUGGCAUACAUUAAGCAAUACUUCUUGUAACGUAGGUAAUUCCUUAAUGGAAAAUUAGAUUGUCACAUUCUCUUUGGUGUGAGGGUUGAUGAAAGGGAGACAGCUUGAGCUGACGAUGCACUUGUGGUGCUCUUUUGUAAGGGAGGGCUGUAAAGGGUCUACGAUAUAUGUGGCUGUUGUGGCCGUAAAACCCUGCAGUCCCUAGCUCACCAGAAUGGCUGGUUGGGAUUGGCUGGGAGGGUUUUCAAGAUAUCUCGGAAGCAGAGAUUACAGUUCUCCCAUAAUUUUUCCUUGCAAGUCAGCUGCAGUCAGACUAUCAAUAUAACUAUAACUGAAGUCUAGAUAAUGGAUUCCAGACAACUGUUUAGGUAGAACUCCUUUGAAUAUUUGAGAUUACAAGAUACUGAUUGUCAUGUCACUGAUUUUAUGGUUGGGGGCUUCAGCAUCUUUGAAGGCUGUAGUUUUUCCCAGGGACUGUCUGGAGCAGGAUAAAAUUGAGGGAAAGCAGCAAUUCCUCCAGUGGAUUUUUUCGCAUGGAUUACUGUACUGAUAACUAAACUAACUAGGAGACCAUAUCAGUCAAAUGCGCAAUGGGUCAUGUUCCUCAAACUGAGUCUGAUGUUUUCACCUGUACAGUGUUUGUGUGGCUUUCUUUUGCCCAAGACAACAGGCUUGGAUAGACUAAAGGGGUCCUUAACUUACCACCAUCCGAAAGAUGUGCAUGAAUGUAUGUGUGCAGUUAAUGUAUCAUAUUUUAAGUUGAAUGUAUAUUUUUAUCAGUUAAAGAAUAAAUUUUGUUGGGGGGUGGGGGAAGAAAUGUCUUCAUAGUGUAUCUACAGAAAAGUACUUUUU